CGCCGUGCGUCACGGGCCCGCGCGCCGCCCCGCGCGUCACCGAGCGCUUAAGAGAAAGUAGUGGCGGGGCCGGAGCCCGGCGGAGCCCGCGCAGCGGCGGCGGCGGCGGAGGCAGCGGAGCGGGAACCGGAGCGCCGCCGCGCCGGCACCCGGAGAUGCCCUGCAUCCAGGCGCAGUACGGCACGGCGGGCACCGGCCCCUGCGAGCGCUGCCCGGCCGAGCUGCUCAGCCCCGACGGCGGCCGAUUCCCCAUGGAGGUGGCCGGAGCGGACCUGGCGGCCGCCCCUGCCCUGCCCAGCUUCAGCACCUUCAUGGAGGGCUACGCCGGCGAGUUCGACGCCUUCCUCUACCAGCUGCCGGCCGGCAGCCAGCCCACCACCACCGCCGCUGCCUUCAAGCUGGAGGACUUCCAGGUGUACGGCUGCUACCCCGGGGCCUUCGGCGGGCAGCCAGAUGAGACCCUCUCCUCCAGCGGCUCGGACUGUUAUGGCAGCCCCUGCUCUGUCCCCUCGCCCGCCACGCCGGGCUUCCAGCCGCCCCAGGCUCCGGGCUGGGAGGGAUCCUUCGGGGCGUACUCGCCCCCACCGAACUACGAGGGUGGGCGGCCCUGGGCUGAGCCGGCCAAGGGCGGUGGGUCACAGCCCCCCUUCUUCGCCUUUGGCACCCCAGCACCCAGCCCCGGUGGGUCCCCUGGGACCCUGAAGGGGCAGCCGGGCCCCUCACCCCGCCUGGACCCGCGGCUGCUGGACACGGACGCCUUCGCCCUGGCCCAGGGCUCCCCCGGGGGUUUCGCCGGGCUGCCCCUGGCCCCCACCUCGCCGCUGCUGGAGGGGCCGGCGCUGGCCCCCACCAAGGCACGCAGCCCCGGGGCGGGCGAGGGCCGCUGCGCCGUCUGCGGGGACAACGCCUCCUGCCAGCACUACGGCGUGCGCACCUGCGAGGGCUGCAAGGGCUUCUUCAAGCGCACGGUGCAGAAGAACGCCAAGUACAUCUGCCUGGCCAACAAGGACUGCCCCGUGGACAAGCGGCGGAGGAACCGCUGCCAGUUCUGUCGCUUCCAGAAGUGCCUGGCCGUCGGCAUGGUCAAAGAAGUGGUCCGGACCGACAGCCUGAAGGGGCGGCGGGGGCGGCUGCCCUCCAAGCCCAAGCAACCGCCGGACACGACCCCCGUCAGCCUCAUCACCUCCCUGGUGCGGGCACACAUCGACUCCGUCCCCAGUGCCACCAAGCUCGACUACUCCAAGUUCCAGGAGUCGGUGCCGUGCCAGUUUGAGAAGGAGGAUUCGGUGGACGUGCAGCAGUUUUACGACCUGCUCACCGGCUCCAUGGACGUCAUCCGCAAGUGGGCUGAGAAGAUCCAGGGCUUCACUGAGCUGCCCAAGGAGGACCAGGACCUGCUGCUGGAGUCAGCCUUCCUCGAGCUCUUCAUCCUGCGCCUGGCGUACCGCUCCAAGCCGGAGGAAGGGAAACUCAUCUUCUGCAACGGGGUGGUGCUGCACCGCCUGCAGUGCGUGCGGGGCUUCGGCGAGUGGAUCGACGCCAUCCUCGAGUUCUCCCAGAGCCUCCACCGCAUGAGCGUCGACAUCCCCUCCUUCUCCUGCCUUGCCGCCCUCGUCAUCAUCACAGACCGCCACGGGCUGAAGGAGCCGAAGCGGGUGGAGGAGCUGCAGAACCGCAUCGUGGGCUGCCUGAAGGACCACGUGGCGGCGGCGGGGGCCGAGCCGGGCCGCCCCGGCUGCCUCUCCAAGCUGCUGGGCAAACUGCCCGAGCUGCGCAGCCUCUGCACCCAGGGCCUCCAGCGCAUCUUCUACCUGAAGCUGGAGGACCUGGUGCCACCACCGCCCAUCGUUGACAAGAUCUUCAUGGACACGCUGCCCUUCUGAGCCCCCAGCAGUGGGGGUGGGCUGCUGCCAGCCCCUAACCACCACCGGCCCCACCCCCGGGGACACCUGGGACCCCCCCUGGGGACGCCUGGAUCCCCCAUGUGCCUUCGCGGCGCCGGGCGCAGACGCACAGCAGCCCCAGUGCCUUUCCCCCCUGGGGUGGGCAUCGCCAGCGCGGCGCUCCCCUUCUCCCCUGUAAAAAUGCCCCCCUUGUAAAUAGCGAGCAGCCGGAUCCUGUACAGAGCGGGGAGCGCGGGGUUGGGGAGGGGGCUCCAGCCCCCCCAGCCUCGUCCCCCUCCCCUUUAUAUUUUUUUUUUCCCUCUUUUGGCCAUUUUCUGUAUAUAAACUUGUACGUACAUCGA